AUGAGCGGAAUGCUUGGAAAAACUGGACAUAUCGAGUUCAGAAAUAUGACAACGAUUGGUACUCUGAAAAACCCGCUGAAAGUAGAGAUCGCAAAAUGGAAUAAUAACACAUUUGUGGAAUUUUUAAUCUAUGACGGGGGCAACAAAAGUCGUAUUAUGAUACAGGAUUUCUUCCAGAUAGCAUACACCAAUGUUUUGAACCAGAAUGUCACGGUACUCUACAAUUAUCUUACAAGGGUAAGCAUGAUUAUUUCUGUUCAGUGUGAUGUGGAAUUCUAUGGAGCAGACUGUUCCCGCAAGUGUUCAUCCCACGUCUCCGGGAGCCAAGGACGAUGUAAUAUGACGGGUACAAUGAUCUGUGAUGACCACUAUUUCGGGCCAAAAUGUAAUAUAUUUUGUAUUGACAAGAACAAUGGAACUUGUAAUGAUUAUGGACAAUUAAUCUGUAACACCCACUUCUUUGGCAAUGAGUGUUCCAGACAAUGUGUUGAUACUAGCCAUGGAAACUGUUCCAUUGAUGGAUAUUUACAAUGUCAGGAUGGAUAUACUGGACAAGGAUGUGAAAGCAAGAUUCCCGAAUGCAUGAAAGCACCAUGUGAACACGGAGGCACGUGUAUGGACUUGGCAGAUAAUGCAUACAACUGUAGUUGUACUCGGGGGUGGGAGGGGAAACGAUGCCAAGAAGACGUUAACGAGUGCCUUCUGAAUGUUUGCAAAAACAAUGGAACGUGCACUAAUCUUAAUGGAACGUACCAGUGCAGUUGUGCAGGCGGAUGGUUCGGUGAAAAUUGUGAUGCAGAUAUUGACGAAUGCUCAGAUUAUCAGCCUUGCAAAAAUAAAGGUUCGUGUAAUAAUGUCAAAGGCGGUUAUGAAUGUACGUGUCCCAAAAACUGGAAAGGUAAAAACUGCACAGAUGAUGUGAAUGAAUGCCUUCAGAAUGCAUGCAAUGGUCAUGGAAACUGUUCAAAUAUCCCUGGUGCUUUUUCAUGCUCCUGUUAUACUGGAUGGAACGGUACUAACUGCAACGUAGAUAUAGACGAAUGUACAGUGCACAGUCCCUGCCAACAUGGAGGGUCUUGUCAGAAUAACAUGGGAUCUUAUACUUGUCUUUGUGCUUCAAACUGGACUGGUCAAAACUGUCAAGAAGAUGUCAAUGAAUGUUUGAAGCCAAACAUUUGCAAUGAUAAUGGUAACUGUUCAAAUUCGGCCGGAAGCUUCCAAUGCGUGUGUAAUUCUGGGUAUCAAGGAGAUCGGUGUCAGGCGGAUGUUAAUGAAUGCCUUCGCAAUGACGCCUGCCUCAAUGGCGGUACUUGUCAAAAUACUCUCGGUUCCUUCUCCUGUAUAUGUCCCCCAAACUGGACAGGUACUACAUGUGCACAUGAUGUGAAUGAAUGUUUACAAAAUAUAUGCAAUAAUAAAGGAAACUGUACAAAUAUUGUUGGAGGAUUUCAGUGUGAAUGUUUUCCUGGAUGGACUGGUAUGGAAUGCGACAUAAAUGUUGAUGAGUGUAAAAUUGAAGUCUGUAGUAAUGGAGGAACAUGCGUAGAUAAUAUCGGUAGCUAUAAUUGUAUCUGUCCUCCAUAUUGGACAGGUCCUUCAUGUGAGGAAGACGUAAAUGAAUGCUCAACAGGAGACUGCAAACAUGCCUCUCAAUGCAUUAACUCUCCAGGGUCAUUCAGUUGCACUUGUCAGAAAGGUUGGGUUGGUGAAGCAUGCGAUAGAGACCUUAACGAGUGUGAGUUUUCUAGCUUUUGUUCGACAAUAAAUAGUUAUAACUGCACUAAUACUGAUGGUAGUUAUUCUUGCCACUGCAAACCAGGUUGGGGUGGCACAGCGUGUACAGAAGAUAUAAAGGAAUGCGAAAACAAUAUUCUCUCCUGUGAACAUGGUGGAACUUGCAUUGAUACCCGUGGUAGUGCUCACUGUAAUUGUCCUUCCUCUUGGACAGGUAAACGUUGUGAGAAUGACGUUGAUGAAUGCAACAACGAUGUUUGUUUCCACGGAUCGACGUGUCGUAAUUUUGCUGGUGGAUAUAACUGUAGCUGUCUACAUGGAUGGAGAGGACGACAAUGUAAUGAUGACGUAAACGAAUGUGAGGAAAACCGGUGUAAACAUAUGAAAUCCUGUCGGAAUUUGCAGGGAUCAUUCCAAUGUGAAUGUUUAGAUGGAUGGAAAAGCGUUGAAUGCGAUGAGGAUAUAGAUGAAUGCGAACAACAAAAAUGCUCCGGAUUCGGAAUAUGCGUCAACACUGAGGGGUCAUUUACAUGUAAUUGCCGGGAAGGACAUUCAGGCAGAACUUGUGAAAUAUUGAAUGGAAAACCCACAGUAGGAUUAAUCGGAGUGGAGAAGGUCAAUCUGGAGUUUACUGGACAUAUCUCAGAUAAAGAUCUUAACAAAAUAGAAAACUCCUUACGGAUUAUAUGUACCUCUUUGUGUCAUGACGUCAGCAUACUGUCAAAAGAUCAUGCCUUAUCAUACAGCAAUGGAAAUACAGACUUUCAAGUUCCAGUCAUUUGUGAUGGAAAACCCCUGUCACGUGACCGCCUAGAGAUGAAAUUGAAAGAGAUGUCAACGGAGCAAUUGAGAACAGCUUUUCCUUUUGAGCUUGCAAGAUUUAAAACCAAAGAUAAUGCAAAUAAAAAGAGUUGGAUAAAACAGAAUAUUCCCCUACUAGCCGGGGCAGGAGGUGGCUUCCUCUUACUCGUCAUCAUCAUUAUUGUCGUGGUAAAAUUAAAGAGAAGUAAUGCUCGUCACAUAAAGGAAUCUAACAUUAAAGAUGAAUAUCUGACAAUGGAUGAAGCGUUUGAUCAGAACUCUGGGGUCACAAAAGAGAACCCCAUGUAUUUCAUAUCUAACAUUGAGGAAGGUGAUGAUACCAAUGUUUAG